AUGGCUUGCUUACGGCCACCUCAUGCCAUUCCUCGAUGUCGCCACCUUCUUAGCUCAAAAGGGUCAUCGCGUCUCCUUCAUCUCCACCCCAAAAACCUCCAAAAGCUCCCCACAGACCUCCCUCCCUCAAUAACCCUCGUUGAGCUUCCCUUGCCUCGUGUCCAUGGCCUCCCGGACUCGGCUGAGUCGACGGCCGAGCUGCCGAACAACAAGGUCCCGUACCUCAAAAAGGCCUACGAUAUGCUCGAGCCAGCUGUUGACGAGUUUCUUCAACGCUCUGGCGUGGACUGGAUAAUCCACGACUUUGCGUCGCACUGGUUGCCCCAAGUUGCGAGCCGACUGGGUGUGAACUCGGCAUUCUUUGGUGUAUUCAGUGCUACUUCUCUCGCUUUCCUCGGACCACCUUCCGUCUUGAUCGAUGGCCCGAGCAGAAGGCCGGAGGACUUUACCGUCGUUCCCAAGUGGAUAGAUUACCCGUCCAAGGUCAGGUUCAGGCUCCACGAGAUAGUCACUCACCAGGAUUGCAUGGACACCGGAGCUUCAGAUUUUCAGAGGUUUGGCGAGUCGAUUCGGGGUUCCAAGUCCGUGGCCGUGAGGAGCUGUAGCGAGUUCGAGGCCGAUCCGCUGAGGCUACUCCAGAAGCUUUACGGAAAACCUGUGGUCCCUGUGGGCUUAUUACGCCCCGCCACAAAUGCGGCAGGGGAGACGAGAGAUGGGUCGAGCUGA